AUGGAGAGAGUGGGAAGUAAAAAUAGCUUCAGUAAAGAGGAUUUGGUCGAGACAUGGGUAUCAGGAACAUUUUGCGAUCCAAGUCAGGCGGGGUGAGGCUGCUCGGGAGGAAGUGCUGGGACAAGGCAGCGGUUUGGGCGGCUGCUGCAGCUCUGCAGAGAAGCAACACGACUCGGCUUCAUUAGUAAUUAGCUUUGAAUCCAGCUUUGGACUCUUAUGUCCAUCCGAGAGAUGCUUUCCCCUGCGUUCUGUAGCACGGCGCCCCGGCCCCGGCGGGGAUGAUGACCCGCGCUGCGGGCAUGGGAGCGGGCAAGGCGCUCCGGCCGGGCUCUCCCCGGGGUCCCGGGCUGUUUCUGCCCCGAGAGAUCCAGCCCUGCGCGUCCGGACAGGCCGUGCGGGCCCGGAGCGGGGCCCGGCUCCGUCCCGCCCCUGCUGUCGGUCCCGGAGCGGGGCCCGGCUCCGUCCCGCCCCUGCUGUCGGGCCCGGAGCGGGGCCCGGCUCCGUCCCGCCCCUGCUGUCGGUCCCGGAGCGGGGCCCGGCUCCGUCCCGCCCCUGCUGUCGGUCCCGGAGCGGGGCCCGGCUCCGUCCCGCCCCUGCUGUCGGUCCCGGAGCGGGGCCCGGCUCCGUCCCGCCCCUGCUGUCGGUCCCGGAGCGGGGCCCGGCUCCGUCCCGCCCCUGCUGUCGGGCCCGGAGCGGGGCCCGGCUCCGUCCCGCCCCUGCUGUCGGUCCCGGAGCGGGGCCCGGCUCCGUCCCGCCGCUCCCGUCGCUCCGGGGGCGGGGGCGGAGCGCGGCCCCACGCGGCCAUGGCGGCGCGGGCGCUGCGCGGCGCCGGGCGGGCGCUGCUGGCGGCCCGGGCUCUCCCCGCCGGCCCCGGGCCGUGCCCUCGUCGCGGCUGCGGGGAGGUGGCGGCGCUGCGGGCCAUGGGCUUCAGCCAGGAGCAGGCCCGGCGGCUCCUGGCGCUGCAGCCCCGGCUCGGCCCCGAGCAGCGGGAGGCGGCGGCGGCGCAGCUGCUGCUGCUCGGGCUGAGCGCCGAGGCCGCCCUGGCGCUGCUGGAGCGGAGCCCGGCGCUGCUGCGGCUGCCCACGGAGCGACUCCGGGAGCGCGCCGAGGAGCUGCGGCGCCUGGGGCUGGACGGAGGCCGGCUGUGGCGGGCCCUGAGCCGCUGCCCACAGCUCUUCCACGUGCCCCGCAAGAGGCUGGAGGCGGCGGUGCGGCUGCUGCGGGAGCGCUGCCUUUUCACGGCGGAGCAGCUGCGGGAGGUGCUCGGGACCUGCCCCGCUGUCCUGCUGGAGGAGCCGCGCACCCUCCAUCACCAGUUCCAGUACGCCUACUUCAGAAUGGGGCUCCAGCAGAAGGAGAUGGUGAAGGCUCGGCUCUUCCAAACGCCCUUUGCGGAGCUCCGGAAUCGGCACAUCUUCCUGGAGCGCCGAGGGCUCUACGAGACCCCACACAAAGGGCAGACCCAAACCAGUAACCCAAAACUGAAGGACAUCCUUCGGCUCCCGGAGAAAGACUUCCUGGCCAGUCUGGCCUACUCCACCCCAGAGGAGUACGAGGUCUUCAAGAAGCUCCUGGCUCGAGAGGAGGAGGAGAAGGAAGAGGAGCAUGUGGAUGCACUGUACACAGAGGAUGAUGACGACGACGACGACGACGAUGACGAUGAUGAUGAUGAUUUGGACAGUGAUGGAAGUAAAAGAGCCCAGGAGUGAGGAGCUGAGGCGCUGAGGUGCCCAAGCCCUGUCCAGGUGCUUUGGGCUCCCACCUCACAGCAGCACAGUCUGGGUGGGGUACCAAUAAAUCCCAUCUGUCAAAUACAAAAA